AUGAUGGUCAGCCCAAAUUCUGCUCUGUUAUUUCCAGUGCUAACCUCACUUUGUAGUUUUUUCCUUGAUGUGGCUUAUUCAACAGUUGAUACGUCUAAAUCAGAGACUUACAUUAUCAAGGACUGUAACAGUAUCCAGUAUCGGUUGAUGGUAGACUUAGGCGAACCUCCAUUUCCUGAUACAGCUUGCGAAAUAAAACAGGUAAUCUCUUGGGUUCGAUGUAGAAGCUGGCCUGAAAAGGAUAUCAGACCAUAUCGAAGUCAAUCGAAGACUUCUACGGCAUCAACGAGCAGUUCCGUCCUGUAUAUUUUGACUGUCGUUAAGUACUUGAUUGUUUAGAUAAAAAAAAAAAAUCAAGAAAAAAAAAAGGUUUAUUUUUACUAGAUGCCGUCAAAAUUGUAUACACCUUUAUGCUAUGUACUGUUCUCGAUGGCUUAUUCUGAAGAGUGAGUUGUUACUGUUGCCCGAUCGAGGUCGAUUAUACGGUAACUUGUUCAUAAACGUUGAUUAUGCUCGGCAGAUCGUAGAAUAACUUACACGAAGAUAAUUAGCCUCACGAAAAGGUUAUAGCCGGUUAACAGUUCAAAAAUAUAAUUUGUAACAACAUAACAAAAUCUACCAAAUCAGUUUUUAAAAUAUCGGACAAGUCUAUAAGUUUCUGAUAUUUUUUCUUUAAUGGGGGGAGAGAGAGAGAAAGAAGGCUGGUUGGGGUGGGCUGGGUCCUACAGGCAUAGGAAGUUAGGAUCCUAUGGGGAAUGCCCUACCACCAAUUGUAAUCACUUUUCCAUAUCAGAGGGGGGUAUAUGUACAGAAAUUUUCCCUCUUCACAGACCCUGCUCUACUUUAUUUCACCCACAUUUUCAAUUUGUGAGAGAAUUCUCUCAAUCUACAAUUAAUAUUGCUUUCAGAACUUUCCUUGUCCAUCUUGAUACAGAAAACGAUAACAUGUUUUGAAAAAAGCGAAGGCUCAGGAGACCUGUUAGAUCAGGAUCGAUUUCUUCUCCUCAAGUCUGCAACAGUGGAUAAAGUACUGAUGUGUCCUGACCUUGACUACCAAAAGCUACAGGACUCUAUUCAGAACUCCGGUGAGUAAAACCUUAAAAAAAUCCAUUUUUUCACCCACAACUUCAUGGUCUUGCCUGUCCGGCGCGUUCAAAGAAGUAGGACAAGUUCUCAUUCUACAGCCAGUGUUUGCAUAAAGUUUAAAAAGACUUGGAUAUCAGACAAUAUUUUCUGUUAUAUUUCAGCUGCUGCACAGAAGUUGUCUAAGGAGUAUCCUACAGGUAUGUGUUUCACUUCGUUUAAUCAUUUGUUUGUUUGUUUUUAUCAUUAUUCAGGCACAGGAGUGUCCUCUUGUCGAUCCUCUGGUCUAAGUUAGUUCAAUGGCGGGGACAUUGAAAGACGUUGUUACAUGUCUUGUUACGAAUCCCAUGGUCGAUUCAGCGAUCGAUAUGUUUGAAUGAAAUACAGGUAGACUGGGUCGAGCUCGUGAUAGAUAAUUUGGUCUGCGACCAAACGUGAACUAUCGAUUCUAUUGUAUAAUUCAGGCUUGGGAGCAAGAAAACUACGUUUCUCCUCCCGAGUUUGCCUUUCAAUUUUCGUGCUUCUGAAAUUUUCUUUUCUCGUUUAGAGAUACAACAGCUUCCUGAAAAAUGUGCUUUUGAUAUUCACAAGAACUGCGAGAAGAAAAUAUUUCAUCAAGUGGUAGUGAACCAUCUUUCAUGGCCUGAGACAACAAAGUGGAGGCAAUGUUAUCUUAAGGCUUUGCUACAGACGCCGUGUUCAGCACUAAUUCUGCAAAACUACGCCGCCUUGCAAGAAAAGUUUGGAGAAAGUUUUAGAAAAAAAGAGUUUGAUUUAGGACUCUAUGGAAUAUUUAUGAAUGAUCAUCACUUACAAAGUAACGGAACAGUAGAAAUAUUAUAGAUACAUAUUUCGUGCUUCAUGAACUGUACGAGUCAGCGAAAAAAAUGAGUGUUGACAUUUUGCAAUUUCGAUACAUUUCAAACUUGCUAGCUUAAGGGUGUAAUUUUGUUAUAACACCAGAUUCUCGUAUGACUUAC